CUAUACGACACUCUGAAAUACGGUACAAUUACUGAUAUUUUUAAAGAAAUAUGAAUGACCUUUAUUUGACAUUGAAUGACGUCAUUUUAAGGCGGUAUAGAGGACUGCCUUUGCCUACUAAUACGCAAUCUAUAUGAAGAAGAGAUUUGACAUCUGCGAAGCGUCAACUGUCAUGUCAAAUACAUAACCUUACUUUGAGUUUGAGAUUCAAUUCAAACCGAAACCAACGUAAACAUUUAACAUAAUAUUAUAAACAACUUAUUCAUUGUCAUGGCACAUAGAAAAUGCUUUGUUCCUACUUGUAAGAAUGAUUCCAUAAAUAGCCCUGACAAAAUCUUUGUUCGUAUCAGAGAAGACUUACGAAAGAAGUGGUGUAUGGAAGCAAAUGCGGAAUAUUUCAAUGUACAAUUAUUGUAUUGCUGUGAAGAUCACUUUGAUCCAGUAGCAGAUUUGAAAAACUAUUUCAAGUACAAAUUAAUGAAUCAAGAGCCUAUUUUAAAGCCUACGGCUGUAUUGAAGAAUGUUGCCGCCUUUCCACAGGAACAGGAGAUUCCAACUACGUCACAAGACAGUCCCGAACUAUUGAAAAUGUUAUCAAUGGUCCAACCAGGCCCAUCUUCACGGAAAAUAAGAAAACUUGAUAAUGUCAUGCCCAGUACAAGUUCUGCUACUACACUACCAAUUAAGGUACAUGUAGCAACGCAGUGUAAAGUGAAAAUGGUGGAUUCAAGCACAAACUUAAGGCCUAGAAAACGAAAGGGGCCUCAGGGGGCAACUUCAUUUGAAGUACAUUCUUCACAGGAAUUUUCUUCAGCAACAACUCCCUCCCUGUUUGGUUAUACAUCAGAAACUGAAGAAACCACAUCAGAAAAGCCUAAACCUAAGAUGCAAAUGAGAAAUAAUGUUUUAGAAAUUAUUUUUAAAAAACCCAAGAUGUAUUUAGGAUUACCUCUACAAUAUUUGUGGUUUAUAGAUUAUCUGGUCAGUAAAAGUACCACAAAAGUAGAUUCGCUUUGUAUCAUAGUCACAUUGUUUAAAAUAAAACAAAAUGAUUCUAUUGAAAAAAUAAGUGACCUAUUUGAAUUAUCACGAACAAAAUUGUCUAGCAUGAUUCUCCUAGGUAUUGAAGUACUGGCGAAUUUUUUUCAAAAUCUUGUUUAUAAUCCACAGCCAAAACUAAUAAAACAGAAUUUACCUUUGGUAUUUAAAAUAAGAUACUCUAAUGUGCAAAUUAUUAUAGACUGUUUUGAAAUACAGAUUGCUAAGCCAUCAGACCCAAUAAAGCAAGCACAAACAUGGUCACAGUAUAAAAACUGCAAUACUGUUAAAUAUUUAAUAGGUUGCACUCCAGAUGGAUUAAUAAGUUUUAUAUCUGAAGGUUAUGGGGGAAGAAUAUCUGAUAAAGCUCUUGUUGAAAAAAGUAAUUUUUUAGAUAUUGUUCAACCAAACAGUGUAGUAUUGGCUGACAGAGGUUUCAAAGAAAUAGAGUCGUUGCUAGCACUGAAACAUGUAACACUCCUUAGACCACCAACAGUUUAUUCUGGAAUGAAGCAGACUGUAACAGAAACGUUACAGAGCAAAGUUAUAGCUAGUUUGAGGAUCCACGUAGAAAGGGUUAUAAGACGUGUAAGAGAGUUUGCUAUGCUGAAACCACACUCAGUGGUUAACUACAAAUAUGUUCCCUAUUUAGACGAAAUUGUUAUUAUAUCUUGUGGGUUAAUAAAUUUACAAGGAGAAAUAAUAAAGACUUAUUAAAAAUAACACAUGUUUA